AUGGGGGGCUCUACUGGAGGUGGCGGGGCCGCUGUUCCUGUUGGGGACAGGCAGGUUGAGGGUGGGGCCACUGUCUCUGUCACUGCCGGUGCCACCAGUCCUGCUGGGGACAGCUCUGUCACUGGCAGUGCCACCACCCCUGUCAGGGACAGCUCUGUCACUGCCAGUGCCACCAGUCCUGCUGGGGACAGCUCUGUCACUGGCAGUGCCACCAUCCCUGUCAGGGACAGCUCUGUCACUGCCAGUGCCACCAGUCCUGUUGGGGACAGCUCAGUCACUGGCAGUGCCACCACCCCUGGGGACAGCUCAGUCAGUGCCACCAUCCCUGUCAGGGACACCCUGGUCACUGCCACCAUCCCUGUCAGGGACAGCUCAGUCACUGCCAAUGCCACUGUCCCUGUUGGGGACAGGCCAGUUGAGGGCAGUGCCACCAUCCCUGUCAGGGACAGCCCGGCCACUGCCAGUGCCACCAGUCCUGUUGGGGACAGCUCAGUCACUGGCAGUGCCACCACCCCUGGGGACAGGCCAGUCAGUGCCACCAUCCCUGUCAGGGACAGCACAGUGAGUGGCGGUGCCGCUGUCCCUGUUGGGGACAGGUCAGUCAGUGCCACUGUCCCUGUUGGGGACAGCCCUGCCAGUGGCAGUGCCACCGUCCCUGGGCGUGGCUCUCCCAGCAGUGACUCUCCUGGUGACAGUUCCAGUGUCCCCACUGGGGACAGGCCAGUUGAGGGCAGUGCCACCAUCCCUGUCAGGGACAGCCCAGUCACUGGCAGUGCCACCAGUCCUGUCAGGGACAGGUCUGUCACUGGCAGUGCCACAGUCCCUGGGGGUGGCUCUGCUGGUGGUGACAGUUCCGGUGUCCCCACUGGGGACAGUCCAGCAAGGGGCAGUGCCACUGUCCCCGUGGAGGACAGGCCAGCCAAGGGCAGUGCCACCAUCCCUGGUGGCAGCUCUCCUGGAGGUGACAGUGCCACCACCCCCACUGGGGACAGACCAGGCAGUGGCAGUGACACCGUCCCUGUCAGGGACAGCCCAGCUGGUGGCAAUGCCACCAACCCUGCUGGGGACAGGCCAGGCAGUGGCAGUGCCACCGUCCCUGUCAGGGACAGCCCAUCCAGGGGCAGGGACACUGUCCCCAUCAGGGACAGGCCUGUCAGUGGCAGUGCCACCAUCCCCCCCAGGGACAGCCCCUGCAGGGACAGUGCCACUAUCCCUGUCAGGGACAGCACAUCCAGGGGCAGGGACAGUGCCACCAGGGACAGGCCAGGCAGUGCCACCUGCCCCCCCAAAGAAAGCCCAUCCAAGGGCAGUGCCACCAUCCCCAGGGGCAGUGCCACCAUCCCCACUGGGGACAGGCCAGGCAGGGACGGUGCCACCAGGGACAGGCCAGGCAGUGCCAUCUUUCCUCCCAAAGAAAGCCCAUCCAGGGGCAGUGCCACCAUCCCCUCGAGGGACAGCCCAUCCAGGGGCAGGGACACCACCCCUGCUGGGGACAGACCAGGCAGGGACAGUGCCACCAGGGACAGGCCAGGCAGUGCCACUGUCCCCACCAGGGACAGCCCAUCCAGGGGCAGUGCCACCGUCCCCCCCAGGGACAGCCCAGCCAGGGGCAGGGACACCACCCCCAUCAGGGACAGUGCCACUGUGCCCCACAGGGACAGCCCAUCCAGGGGAAGUGCCACCACCCCAGUAGGGAACAGGUUGGCCAGUGGCAGUGCCACCAUCCCCUCCAGGGACACCCCAUCCAGGGGCAGUGCCACCAUCCCUGUCAGGGACAGCCCAUCCAGGGGCAGUGCCACCAUCUCCUCCAGGGACAGCCCUGCUGGUGGCAGUGGCACCGUCCGUGUCAGGGACAGACCGGUGGGUGGCAGUGCCACCAUCCCCCCCAGGGACAGCCCAGCCAGGGGCAGGGACACCACCCCUGUCAGGGACACCCCAUCCAGGGUUAAUGCCACCACCUCCAUCAGGGACAGUCGAGCAAGUGGCAGUGCCACCAUCCCCUCCAGGGACAGCCCAUCCAGGGGCAGUGCCACCAUCCCCCCCAGGGACAGCCCAUCCCGGGGCAGUGCCACCAUCCCCUCCAGGGGCAGUGCCACCAUCCCCCCAGGGACAGCCCAUCCCGGGGCAGUGCCACCAUCCCCCCCAGGGACAGCCCGGCUGGUGGCAGUGGCACCGUCCCCGGUGGCAGUGCCACCCUGCCCGUCAGGGACACCCCACCGAGGGGCAGUGGCACCGUCCCCUCUGGGCACAGCCCCGCGGGUGGCAGUGCCACCCCGCCCGUCAGGGACGUCUCCUCCAGGCCCGUCCAGCCCACCCGUGUCAGCGUCAUCAGGGACGGCAGGACCCGGGCCCGGGUGGACCCCCUGGCACUGCAGGGCCUCGGCAGGGCCGGGACCCCCCUGGGGGGCACCGGGGACUGGGGAGACCCCCGGGGACACCCCCACGCCGCGCCACGGGACGGACAGACGGGCACGGGCACGGGGACAGGGACAGGUCCUGCUGCCACCGCUGCACAACGUCCGGACGCGUCCCCUCAUCCCCCACGGCCACACCAGAUGA